CCAGAUUCAGCCGCGCAAUUCAUGCUGUUGAAAGCCAACCUUCAGGUUGCUUUGUUGUUUGUUGACACCCCGCCACCGCCCACCUUGCAUACGACGAGCAGCACCAGUCGCUCGCUUGCUUCAGUCAGACACAGAGCUGCUCGUGUUCGGACACACAUCGAGCUGCAUCCAUCACCUUGUGGUGAACACACCAAGUGGUGCACACACACACACACACACUUGCGAUUGACCACACCACGCCUUGGAGCCAAGCAAGCAGUGAUGGGGAACAGCAAGUCCAAGGGCGCGACGAGCGCAGCCAUGCCGGCGGACGCGGCGGCCAACGGGCACGCGAUUCAGGGGCAGCGGCGCAUGUCCAGGGCGGAGAAGAAGGCGCUCAAGCAGAGCAAGAAGCAGGCGCUCGCCGAGGAGAAGCAGCGCAAAAAGGAGGCCAAGAAGGAGGCCAGGAAGAGCAGGAAGAACGGCGGUGCCAAGAACAAGGACAACAACCAACCACAACACGACGCUGCGGCGGCUGCUCACGCCAGCAAGCGCAACAACGCCGGCGCAGAUGACGCCCGAGAGGAGAUGGAGCGCAUCAAGGACGAGGAGGUGCGUCAGCAGCAGGCAGAGGAGGCGCGCCGCCGCGACAACGACCGCGUCGAGGCGCAGGAGGAACUGCAGCACCUGAAGCGCAUGGAGGCGAAGCGCACCGAGGAAGAGCGGGCAGCCAAGGCCAAGGCGGCGGCGGCGGCAAAGGAAGACGACCGACAGCAAGAGGAGGCGCAGCAGCGGCACCGCGAGGAGGAAGAGAGGCGGAAGCAGCGCGAGCGUGAGCAAGCCGAGGCGGCCAGGCAGAAAGAAGAGGAGAAGAGACGAAAGGAGGAGGAAAAAGAGCAACGGAAGCAGCAAGAGGCGGCGGAGGAACUGCAGCGCAUGAAGCGCGAACAGGAAGAGGCCGAGGCCCGCCGGCGCAAGAAGGAGGCAGAGGAGGAGGAAGAGCGGAAGCGUAAACAGCAGCAGCAAGAGGAGGAGGAGCGAAAGCGAAGGGAGGCGGAAGAGGCAGAGAGGAAACGCAAGGAACAAGAAGAGGCAGAGCGUAAACGAAAAGAACAGGAAGAAGAGAAGGAGAGACAGCGCAAGGAACAGGAAGAAAAGGAGAGACAGCGCAAGGAACAGGAAGAAGCAGAGGCUCGCCGCAAACAGGAGGAGCUUGAGCGCCAGGCAAAGGAGGCAGAAGAGAAGCGACGAAAGGAGGCGGAGGCAUUGGCGGCCGCAGACGCAAAGCAGAAGGCGUUUGCAGCGGCACGCCAGCGCGAGGAACAGGAGAAGAAGAAGCGGGAAGAGGAGGCAAAGGAACAAGCUAAGCAACAGGCCGCUGCCGAUGAAAGCGUCAGCCACGUGUCUCCCUUUGGCGCACGCUUGCGUAAGGUCUCCAAGGACAACGUCAACACAGACGCCAGUGCACAACAACAACAACAACAGCAGCAGCAGCAGCAACAACAACAACAACAACAAGGCGGCGGUGCCACGGACACGGCUGCAACGCCUGCAGCUUCUGUGUCGUCGCCGUUUGGCGCCAAGUUGAAGCCACUCUCCUCCUCUGCGCUGGUGACGCCGACAGGCACACCCAAGGCAACAAGCACGGCAAACACACCCCAGCAAGCAGCCACGACCAGCAACAGCAGCACGCCUGCGGGUGGACUGCGGCCCAUGAAGCUGCGCAACGAGUUCCCUGGGCUGAAGAAGCAGGACGACAGCACAAGCAGUAGCAGCAAGAAGCCUGCGGGCGACGACGAUGAAUACGAGGAGCUUGACCCGCGCGCCAUUGAGGCCGCAAAGUGGGUCGAUAAGGAAAUCAGAAAGCUCAUCGGAGAGAUCCAACGACUCGGCUCUCCCAACGGCGACGGCAAGUACACGGUCAAGUUUGGGCACCUGUUUGUGGAGACGGCCAACAUCUUCGAGGCGCUGACAGGAACGCUGAAGACGGCCAAGAAGUACAAGGUGGUGACAUACGAGGGGGAGGUGUUGUAUCAAGGCUCAAGCGAUCACGUCACCGUCACCCUGCUCAAGGACACGCACGAUGGUGUCGAGAUCAAGCGACGCAAGAAGCGAGACCUCAAGGCGCCAGGCCUCAAGGCCAAGAGCAAAGGUUUCAGCACAUCCUCCUUGCAACACGCGCAACAAAAGUGCUACAUCUGCAAGAAGACCGUCUACCCCAUGGAGUUUGUCGGCGCCGCAGACAAGGCUUUCCACAAGAACUGCUUUAGGUGCAAGGAAUGCAAGACAGUGCUCAAGCCAACAGAAUACUGCACUGUGGACGACCAGUUUUAUUGCCGCACGCAUUACACACAGCUGUUCAUGAGCGGCGGGUACACACAUGCACAGCGCGGCACCGACGAGUGAGGACGUUCACCCCUUUGCUUCACGUCACACCAGCACAACACCAGCUGCCACUUGGCUCACUCGAUGUGUUUGUUUUUCUUUUGUUGUCUCUUUCUGUCGUUCGUUCCUUGUUGUGCUUUUCUUUACUUGUUCUGUGCUUUUGCUUUGACUCUCAGUCAGUUCCAAGACAGUUGCUCGUACGCACCUGUUGUUAUUCACUCCAUUUGUGUCACAUAUCGGACCUGUCUUUGUUUGCACCCAUGUGCUCUUGUGUGUGUGUCUCUCUCUCUGUCUGUCUGUCUGUCUGAACGUUUGUCUGUCUGACGAACUGUCAUGUCACCUUGUCAUUCCGCAAGGCUGGCCAUCUUGUCGUUGUGCGCCAAGUGCUUCCAACUCCUCAACGCAACAUUGUCAUGUGCCACACAUGAUCACUGUAUCACCACGUAUCUUCUCAGUCAUGUCAUAGACUCCUCCCCUUCUUUGCAAAGAACGGAUCAUUGAGAAAUUUCUGCACAGAACCCUCGCAUGACACCCCCUG